GGGUGAGCUCGAGCCCUCCUCGCUGUCUGUAUCGAUGAAGUUGUUCCAAAGAUGGCGGACUUCCUGCCGUCCCGCUCCGUGUUGUCAGUCUGUUUCCCCAACUGUCUGCUCACCAGCGGCGAGGCGGAGCAGCUGCGGAUAUCUAAAGAGAUAGACAAGUGUAUUCACCGAGAUAAGACCUAUGUAAAGAGGUUAGUAAAGAUCUUAUUGCUCGGGGCGGGCGAGAGCGGCAAGUCCACUUUCCUCAAGCAGAUGCGCAUCAUCCACGGCCAGGACUUCGAUCACAAGGCCAAGGAGGACUUCAGAGCCACCAUAUACAGCAAUGUUAUCAAAGGUAUUCGAGUGUUGGUGGAUGCUCGAGAGAAGCUACACAUCCCAUGGGGCAACAUGUCCAACCAGCGCCACGGAGACACCAUGAUGGCGUUUGACACCCGGUCGGUGAUGACCCAUGGUCACGGCAUGGUGGAGCCCAAAGUUUUCCAGCACUACCUGCCGUCCAUCCGGGCCCUGUGGGCCGACCAGGGCAUCCAGCACGCCUACGACCGCCGCCGAGAGUUUCAACUGGGCGAGUCAGUCAAGUAUUUCCUGGACAAUUUGGAAAAGCUCGGACAGUCGGACUACCUCCCCAGCCAACAGGACAUCCUCCUGGCCAGAAAGCCCACUAAGGGCAUCCACGAGUACAACUUUGAGAUUAAGAACGUGCCCUUCAAGAUGGUGGACGUGGGCGGUCAGCGUUCCGAAAGGCGGCGCUGGUUCGAAUGCUUUGACUCGGUCACUUCCAUCCUCUUUCUCGUCUCCUCCUCUGAAUACGACCAGGUGCUGAUGGAGGACCGGCAGACCAACCGGCUGAGCGAGUCCCUCAACAUCUUCGAGACCAUUGUCAACAACCGGGUGUUCAGCAACGUCUCCAUCAUCCUGUUCCUGAACAAGACGGACCUGCUGGAGGAGAAGGUGAAGCAGGUGUCCAUCAAAGACUACUUCCCCGAGUUCUCGGGCGACCCCACGAGCCUGGCGGACGUCCAGCGCUUCCUGGUAGAAUGCUUUCGCAAAAAGCGCCGCGAACAGCAGCAGAAGCCGCUGUACCACCACUUCACCACGGCCAUCAACACUGAGAACAUCCGGCUGGUGUUCCGCGACGUCAAGGACACCAUCCUGCACGACAACCUCAAACAGCUGAUGCUGCAGUGAAGGGGACUGACCAGGAGGAGGAGGAGGAAGAGGAGGGAUGGGUGGAGGCAGAUGGAAAGUGGGUGUCAAGGUGCCUUUUUCCUUCCCCGUAAUGGGAGCGGGCUGUGUCCCUCUACCCAUUCAUCCUCCCUCCUUGACUUUUGACCGUCUCCUCACUUUUGAACUUUGACUGUGUAUUAAAGCCACCACUACUACCACCAUUCCCCCCCCCCCACGCUUGCUCUCUGCCUUACUGAGCUUGUUCACUAUGACUCAUAACAGCCACCUUUGGCUCAGAGCCCCAACCACCUUCUGACCCUUUAAACCACUGUAAAUGACCUCUAACCCCCCCCCACCCCCGUCCACACUCUGCAGUCCAUCUCCCCGACAUCUUUCAUGGUAUUUCCUCACUAUGUGUUGCUCUAAUUCACAUCCACACACUCGUUUCUAUGCUGCUCUGAAACUGUUGCUAUGGAAGGAGAGAGGGGGAGUGGCUUGUUUUAAAUCGGAGUUACUGAGCAGCCGUCACCAGCGACUGUUGCCAGGUGUUGCCUUUUCUUUUGUCUCUAGUGUUACAUCUGCUCUCCACUGGCGCUUGUGUGGGGAUUUCCUCCAAGGGCAGUGAAACUAACACACACACACACAGAUAGGAAUUUAUGUUCCAAAGUCCACUUAAUUCUAGUUUUCUAAUCAUUUUGUUUCUUUUCCUAAUAUAUGAAUUUACUGUAUGUGUACCGAGGCAUUUUUCAUUAACUUAUAUUUUAUAGGGGGUUUACACUUUGUGGAUUUGCUGAUGGACUCUGUUACAGUUAACUGGAUACAUACAGACCACUUGUAAACAUUGAUAACACCAUGCUGUAAGGGUAGCCAGUGCAGGGGUUAAUCUUGACACGUUGUAUUUUGUUGUUUGUUUUGUUUAUUUCUCAGGGCACAUUGUGAACCCCACUUCUCUGUGAUUUGAAGUCAACCAGAACUCUCACGCCUUAUGUCAAAUGACAGAUUUCAUGGUGUCUUUUUCUCUGUCUGUGUCACCAGAGAGGACUCCUUAUGCCUUUAAAAACAGAACUUUGGCCAUCUUCAACCAGGACCAUAUUUUCAGGGUCUGGACAACCCAACCAAAUCAUGACCCCCAUUUCUGCCUUUUAUUAACACGUGAUCUGUAUCUAGAUGCGUAAUCUGGAUUAUGACAUCUGCAUUUUACGUUUGGUAUUAAUAAGCCUUGUUGCUGCUAUCUCAAUUGUGCCCACAUCAUGAUUGGAUCUCAAUAUGCAAACUAAGCCUGCACACAGGUAUUUAAGGAUCAAAGCACCUGGUGCAACUCUAAACCAAAUGCAGAGCAUCUCGGCGGCCCGGAGCCCCCCUCCCCCUCGCGGCCAGCACUGUUGGUGCUCGGUUGCUCUAUGGAGUCUACAGCUUUUAGUUUGUGGGAACAAAAGUCAACACCAGAAUGCCUGUAAUGGGACAGAAAGGAGGACACGAAGAGUACCCAUUACAUUUUGGCGGCCGACUGCAGCUGCUCGUCAGCACGCCCACUGUGUCAGUUGUGCAAACAAACAGUAAAAGCGGUGUCCGCGGUGCAGAGAAAUCGUGGACAUGUUCAGUGUCCGUUUGCAUCACGGCUGCAUUGCAAAGCUGCACACUGAGGCAAACAAGACGCUUAAAUCUCUGCAAUCCUGCUGAAUCAAUCAUUGCCAAAAAAUGAAUGGAGAUCCAUACAUUUUCUAAAACAUCAGAUGUGCCGGGCGGAAUUUUAAGGUAAUCAAAAAACUGCACAAGAAAAAACUGUGUCUUUUGGUUUGAAAAAUGUGCUUCAGUGUUAACCAUUAUGCAGCUGUGUAACCAUCAUGCAGCUGCUCAGCUUUCACAUUAGUAAAGUUGUUCCGUACCCGAGUACACUUGCGUCAUCAUCCACGUGUAUUUGUUUAUGUUGAGAUCAGCUGUUCUAGUGGCGGAGCGUCAUAAAACAUUGGACAGAAACAAAACAAAGCUCACCAAAACCAUCGUAAUUAGACCUCCCAACAAUCACCAGCUCUGGUUUGGUCGGAAAAAACUCUCGUUUCACAGAGUUUGAUGUGAAAAGUCCCUGAUGUAAAAGCACCCUAAGGAAAAUAAUUGAAAAUUAAAAUUGAAGUAGCCCUAGUAAAAGACUAUGUAUGUCGUGGUCCAGGUUGAAAAUGGCCCAAUUUCUCCUGAAGCCCUGUGGGAUCUCACAUCCAAACCUGUAGAUGACUUCUUCCUCCCAGUAGGAUUAUACAUACUAGUGGUGAGGUGGCUCAGUCUUUUCUCCUGUUGUCUCGGAUCAUUUUUUUUAUUUUCUAAAAGGUACCCGUUACAGCUGUCUGUCUCUCUCUCCAUGCCACGCGUCCUAAGUUAAAACUAAAGGGAUAAAGCCAGCCUGUAUGUCACUAAUGAACCUGCUGGCUGGUCUCACUGGUGUGUGCUGGUUAUGUACAGUUCACAUUUUCCUCUUAACUCCUUUCCUCGUGUCUAAAGGAGCAGUAUACAGCCGAUGUAGCCUCCCACACAGACCUGUAUGUGUGACCAUGAGUGUUAUUUUAUUUUAUUUGACCUUUUUUUGGGAUGGUGUUUAUUUAAAACAGCAGCAGGUGUCUGGUGGCCUGGCUUAAGGUGUUUUUAAAGUGAAAGUCCCAUCACUCAGCUUCCUCCAGAUGUGUUGAGACCAUGACCACUAAAGUACUCCAUGUGCCCCCCCCCCCACCCCCAGCAGAUAACUGGCUCCACUGGUUCAUGCUAACACUUUGAGUAAUCAUCGAGAGGAUAAAAAAUGUAUAACUCAAGUUUCUAAAGUAAUGGAAGUCGGCCUUUUUAUUGAGCUGUUCCCCGACUUUAAACCAGAUUUACAGAAAAGGUUUUAUUGUUUUCAGUCUUAACAAAGAGGGCGUCGUGUUUCGGUUGGACUCACAGACAUCCUACAUACAUCAGCAUUAUUCUGUACCCUGUCUUUGUCUUUAUAGAUGUGUUGUAAUUGCCACUGGCAGCUAAUCACUGAGAAGACUGAAUAACACCCUGUUUUAGCUUGUUCAAGCCUCAGUUACCACACAACCACUGACACUCCGACCCCCACUCAGAUCCUGGCUCCAGCAUCCCUCCGUCUUACCCCCUAGUCUACACUGGAAGCAUUUCAGCCUCGCUUUUUGGUCUUCUGUCUCAGUUUUUAUGAGUACAGCUGUCUAACAGUUUGAGUUUCAGCCUCUAAGAGAACAUCAGUGAAAACUAGAAACUAUCUGGUGAAACAUCAGAAACUUGUGAAAAUGUUUUUUUUUUUGCUCAAGUCCCCCUUCAGUAUUGACCCAACAACUGCCGGUCCCAUGCUCUCGAUCACUUUUCAAAUUACAACUCUGAACAAGAGUUAGAAAUGGUUCUGUAAAGAGACGGUAUGUAAUACCUGGAGCUCCAAUUAAGUGACAUAUGAUUUACUUACUCAGAAACGGUUGAUUUAGUGUCCGUUACUCUCGAAGUAUUUUAAAGAACAUUCCUAAUGUGGUUGCAAGUUUGAGCUCCUUAACUACAAAUCAUUUCUACUUUACGUGUUCGUCUUCCUUCAUGUUCCACACAUCCAUGGUUUCCAUCCAAAUGAAUUGGCUUGAGUGGUGUAAUCCAUCACACUUGUCAUUGUUACAUUACAUGCAAAACUGACUUGAAAAGUCUGCAUUGCAUGGCCUCAUAACUAUAGUGUUACUUCGACAAAAAAACAAUAAUGCAGACUCACCUUGGUCACCUUAAUGGAUUACACAAUUCAUGCGAUUUCCAAUUAUCCGUUUAAAAGGAUUAUCAUAUUGUGUGAAAAUGAAUGGAAGCCAAUGGAUGAAAAAAAACUUUUCCAAAACACAAACAGCAUGUUUUGCAAAAUGGUUAUAUUUGUAGUAUAUGGGCUAAAA